CCUAACAAACAAAUGUCUCUGUACAGCAUCAUGUAAAUUGAUUUAGCAACACACUGUAGACAAAAAUCAAUAUGGAAUGUACCACUACACUUGGAAUAUUUUUAUUAACAAGACAUGUAACGUCACACAUUAUUGAUGAAGAUGGCACAUAAAUAGAUGCUAGUCCCUACGUCACGUUGCCGUACCAACCGUUUUCCAUGACGAAUCAUAUUGGACCAACACUAAUUUCUAAUGUUUAAACGCAGACUUGAUAUGGAUUAACAUACGCACUGCCGACAAGGAAAUUUAUAUUGAUUUGUGUGUGAAACUGUCGUUUAUUUGUUAUACAAAGAAAAUAUGCAUUUUCAGUGAUGCAGAAAUACUAAUUGAUGGCAAACAUGACAAUGACAAAAUGGUAAUAUCGAAUGUCGCCUCAGCUGAAUGGUCUAUCGGUAUUGUAUGGCGGACGUCUGUGAAGCCAUGGAACCAGAUGAUAAUGACUUGAGGCUAAUUCUUGUUUACCAUGAAUAACUGUACACAACGGGAACUAUCUACGGAGAUAAAUAGAUGUUCAGAACGGAGUUCCAUAUUUCACAAUAGCAGUAGUGAAAGCGGUAACACUACACAUGAUGGAAGUAAAGGCUCAGGAGGCUCACGGAGGGAUAACGGAAUGAAACCACAACUUAAAAAGGACGUUGGUUUGGAUAAUGACCCGAAGGUUACAACUCGCAUAGACUUCGGGGACUACUUCCCAGAAGGAGGUUGGGGAUGGGUUGUUACGGGAGCUUGUACUUUGGUUUAUAUUCUCUGUAAUGGUUUCCAUUUUGCAUUCGGAACAUUAUAUAUUUGUAUUCUCGAGGAUAAAACUGGCUUCACAGCAAAUGAAGAUGAAGCAGCAUGGCUUGGUAGCGUUGGAAUUAGCAUUACAUUGUUUUUGUCGCCCAUUAUUUCUACAAUUUGUCAACGAAAGAGUGCUAGGAUUUACGCCGUUAUCGGUGGCCUUAUUUGUGCAUUGGGGUGCCUAUUCUUGGCCUUUUCAAAUCAAAUGGAGCAGGUUUUCAUCAGCCAUUGUGUUGUUUUGUCUCCCGGAAGUGGAAUUACUCUCAACACAGCAAACAUCAUUAUUGGUCGUUACUUCCGGAAGAAGCGAGAAUUAGCUGAGAUGAUAAUGUUAUCUGGAACAGGACUCGGAGCGGCGUUGUUAGCAGUUCUUUUUAGAGAGUUAUAUUGGAAAUUAGAAUGGAGGUAUGCAUUACAGUGUAUUGCUGGUCUUCUAGUGUUGACGAUAUUGGCAGGAUCCCUCUACAGAUCAGCUUCAAUGUAUCAUCCAAGACGGAAGGUUAUAAUGCACAUCAAAAGUCAGAAAAAGAAUCGUCACGAAGGAGAAGAUGACAGUCCUCCAUAUUUUGAUUUCAGUGCAUUACACAUGCGUAGUCUGCAAGCUUUAAUGGUUAUUUCCGGCAUUGUUGGCCUGGGAAUUUAUGUACCAUUUGUUGCGAUAAUCAAGACUGGCAAAGAUUUGAAACUGGAAAAAGAUCGGCUUCUUCUGUUAAACAUAUAUCUUGGAUUAGGCUUUUUGAUUGGUGUCUACGCACAGGGGUAUAUUAUCAUCCGUGAUAGCAAGGAAUGUUCUAUUUGUCGGCGUCACCUAUGUCAGUCAUGCUGCAUAGCAUGUGGCGUGUUAACAUUUUUAUUGCUCUUGGCCAAAGACUUUAAUUCCCUUGCACUAUAUGCGUGGGGAUUUGGUAUAUUUUGUGGUGGAUACUUUUAUACAUUAAAGAUGUACGCAUAUGAACUUGUGAAAUAUAAACUCAUGGAGAGAGCAUGGGGAUUUAUUUGUGCUGCUCAUUUCAUUCCUGUUCUUAUUGGAUCCCCAAUCUCAUUAUACCUCAACCAGGUACACGGCGAGCUUCACAAUUUACAGGCAGGGUAUAUUUUUGCGGGAUCGGCAAUGGUUCUGGGAGGACUGUUGUUCUUUUUUAUGCCACCAUUGGAAAAACACAAAUCUAACCAGGAAGUGAUUCAGAUCUCUAAACAGUUGUGCAGUAAAAAUACAGCGGAGGCUACAGCUCUCCUUGACCUUGACCUUUCUGAUGCUAUGGUUACAAAACCGGUAAAUAACGUUCAGUUUAUCGUAUCACCAUCACGACUUAAACACAAAGGAAAAGAUGGUGGAAAGAUUCAAAUGCAGUGUUUUAUACAUCAUAGAGAGCGCGAGAAACCUAAACAGAUCAUUCUUUCAAAAAUUACAGAAGAAAAAGAAGGGUUAAGACUAGAUUUCAACGAAGUUUCACAAGUAUCGCUCAUUUCUAAAAACAAUGAUAGCACGUUGCCAACCAGACUAAUCAAACCAGAAAAGGAACAUUCUGUAGGUUGCGGGCAUGCGACCGAUUGUCCGUCAGAUAGUACAAAUUCUCACCAUACCGGGAAAUUUAGCUCAGAUGGUUGUUCCUCGAAAUCUUUUGAAGGUAGAAAGUUUAAAAAGAGCACAGAUAAUGUCAAGGUUGAAUUAUUUGACCCGCCAAGUCAGGAGAAGGAAUCGACAGCAACCAUUUCCUAUGACAGUGACUUGUACAUAAAUCUUUGUGAGGCACAAGUGUAAAAUGCGUCGUUGUCUUUUAUUUUUCGUCCAAUUAAAUCGCUCAAUUUGGAACCAAAUACAAAGGAAAAAUGAAUAAUACAAUAUAAUUGAAUACCUUCUACAAAUGUAUUGAAUUGUGUAGAAGUACCGUUGGUUAAGACAUUCCACUAUACCAAUUUAUCUGCAAAUGUCAAAUACGAGUUACACAUAAAAAUGUUUUGUUGAUGUAAUAAUUGAGGUAUGGAGAAUCCCACAGAGGAAAUUCAGACGAUUAGAUUAUAUGUAAUUGAAUUUGGUCUGCAAUGCAGACUUUAUGAAUGGACUUGGAAAGUUAUUACAUUGUCUGCGCAAUCUAAACGGCAAAUAGUGAAAUACCGUAAGCUGAAUGUGAAAAUACAGACUGAAAUGUCAUGUUUGCUCUGUCUUCUAUUAUGAAGAUAUUUUUUAUGAAAUUGUUGUAUUAAUAAAUCAAGAAUGUUUAGGUAAUUUAUUGAAAAUGUAAAAGACAUUUAACUUAUUUCGUGUGAAUUGAAAGUAUUUUUUCCGUUUUUAUCAACAACCAGACGUGCUAAAACAGUAUACAUAUACUCUUAUCUCAUUGAUGGUACUUUAAACAUGAAUACACACGAUGAAGAAACAAUUGAUCCAAAUGUUUCGCUGAUCAAAUUUGUCUUGAAUCAUUUAAUGUAUAAACACGUCUUUUACACUUGAGAGUUCAAAUAUUCUUGUUAUGUUUUGAAUGGGCAUAAUAUAAAUAUAU